AUGGGUCUUCCACAGUUAACUCCACAACAGAUGCAGCAGCUGAAUCCUCAGCAGCUUCAGCAACUUCAACAGCUUCAACAACAGAUGAAAGGGUUUCAAGAUCUGAAGCUUCCUCCACAAUUGAAGGGUCCAGGAGCAGGGCCUGGCUCUGUUCCUAUGAACAAGAAUCCUCAGAAUCCUAAUCAGAAGGCUAUCUUAAACGCUCACAAAAACGGCGGUGGUGGUGGUGGUCCUGGACCUGCCGGUGCUAAAAUUAUGGGUAAAGGAGGUCCCGGCGGUGGCGGUGGUGUACCUUUUCCUGUUCAAAUGGCUGGUGGCGGUGGUCAGAAGGGAGGUCCCGGUGGAGGUAAUGUGGGGAAUCCUAACCAAGACGGUGGCAAGAACGGUGGUAAAAACGGUGGUGGACAUCCGCUAGAUGGGAAAAAUGGCGGAGGUGGAGGCGGUCCUAACGGUAAUAAAGGAGGUGGUGGAGGUCAAAUGAUUGGAGGUCCCAACGGAGGUUUCCGUCCAAUGGGAGGCGGUGGGCCUCCGACCAUGAGUAUGCCAGUGGGUGGGCCUAUGGGAGGUGGUCCUGGUCCAAUGGGUAAUCUACCAUCAAUGGGUGGUGGUCCUGGUCCGAUGGGUAAUAAUAACAAUAUGCAGGCCGUUCAGGGAUUACCGGCAAUGGGUCCAGGCGGCGGCGGUGGUGGCCCCAACGAGCCAUGGGCAAUGAGCGGUUCCAGCCAAUGA